GUUCUUACACGAGGACUGAGUUUAUAUUGUGUCCUGUCUAAGGAUUGACAGUACCGAUGUCUUCUUUGAUAAUUUGGAAUCUCCUUUUCUUGUUUCUCCUGGUUUCUCACGCCCUUCCGGUCACGGAAGCGCAGACUCGGACUACAAGAGCUUUAAUAGCUGCUGCUGGACUUUCUCUGAUAACGUCUAAUUACGCCGGAGUCACGGAGUGGAGUGCUCCACAGUUGGUAACAAUUGCACUCAUUACAGCGAUCUUACUCCGGCGGCAGUCCUUUUACUGUGACGACUAUCCGACCUUCACUUUUGACACUACCUAUGAUAUCUGCUAUAAGAUAUACAAGGAUCCGAAACUUACCGUUCAGGGCACUGACGCCGUGUGUAAGGCUCAUGGAACAAGAUCUCAGCUGAUACGCAUCAACAGCCCUACCAUUUACGACUUUGUUGUGAAGCAGAUGGAUCAGAAUGGCAUCAGCAACAUAUAUUUCCAGGGAAAGAGGGUCAGUUCCUCGGCGCCAUUCUUGUACGAUGAUGGAACCCCCGUCACGUAUUUCAACUGGGUACCUGGAGAGCCGGCAUCUGAUUUAUACCUCAGGACUGACACCAGCACGAAACUGAUGGAAACAUCUGAUGGGAGUACAGAGCGAUCUUUCAUAUGUGCAGUCUACCCCUAAAUAUGAUGUUGUAGCAAAUAUGAUAGA